AUGGAAUUACUCACAAUAUCUCACUUAGAUGGCAAGCGCAAAGCCGAGGAGGAGCCAUCGUCUCCUACCCCAUCGAAGCGCAUUAAGCAAAAUGACUCGGCUGAGCCUCCGGAGAAGAAGCCGGAGAUCAAGAGGAUUCCUUUCCCCGAAAAGCCCGCCGUCAUCGAAGAGCGCAAUGGCGAAAUCGAAUUCCGAGUAGUCAACAACGACAACGAGCGCGAAUCACUCAUCAUCUUAACUGGACUCAAGUGUAUCUUUCAAAAACAACUUCCCAAAAUGCCUAAGGAUUAUAUUGCGCGACUAGUUUACGACCGAACACAUUUAUCGAUUGCCAUCGUCAAGAAACCCCUUGAAGUUGUUGGAGGAAUCACAUAUCGCCCAUUCAAGGGUCGUCGUUUCGCCGAGAUUGUUUUCUGUGCCAUUAGUUCUGACCAGCAAGUCAAGGGAUACGGCGCCCAUCUCAUGUCGCACUUGAAGGAUUAUGUCAAGGCGACAAGCGACGUGAUGCAUUUCCUCACCUAUGCCGACAACUACGCUAUUGGUUACUUCAAAAAGCAAGGUUUCACCAAGGAAAUCACCCUCGACAAGAAAGUCUGGAUGGGCUACAUCAAGGACUACGAAGGCGGUACAAUUAUGCAGUGCUCGAUGCUGCCGCGGAUUCGAUAUCUCGAAAUGGGUCGCAUGCUCCUUAAGCAGAAAGAAUGCGUCCAAGCCAAGAUCCGCGCUUACUCCAAAUCACACAAUAUCCAUGCUCCGCCGAAGGAGUGGAAGAACGGAAUCACCGAGAUCAACCCUCUCGAUAUUCCUGCCAUUCGAGCAUCAGGGUGGUCCCCUGAUAUGGACGAACUCGCCCGGCAACCUCGCCAUGGGCCCAACUACAAUCAACUUCUUCACUUACUCAACGAUCUACAGAACCACAACUCAGCCUGGCCAUUCCUUGUGCCUGUUAACCGCGACGAUGUAGCCGAUUACUACGACGUUAUCAAGGAGCCUAUGGAUCUUAGUACGAUGGAGAGCAAACUUGAGGCCGACCAGUACCUCACGCCUGAAGAUUUCAUCAAGGACGCCAAGCUUGUUUUCGACAACUGCAGGAAGUACAAUAAUGAGAGCACUCCCUAUGCGAAGUCGGCCAACAAGCUCGAAAAGUACAUGUGGCAGCAGAUCAAGGCGAUUCCUGAGUGGUCACAUCUGGAGCCUGAGAGAUAGAGCUCUCGUCCAGCUAGUAAACCAAAACAAAGGAAUCGCAUCCGCAUCAGACUUCGGAGAUCUUCGGGGCACACGGUAGAGGUGUAGCUAUUGGGAUGUCUUUUAUAAUUUGUCUUGGCGGGUAAAGGGUUAAUAUUAGCGAGGAGUUUUUGGAUUCUGGUAGCAAUGUAAUGAAUACCAUGCUUUAUGUUAAAGUAGC